AUGCAUUUUCUCUUCCCACUCUUAUCCUACUUGUUUCCGCUCUCAUAUCUACAGGACGACGAUCAUGUGGUGAUUCCGGAGGGGGUUGUGGGCUUUCAGGCCUUUAGCGGUACAGGUCAUCGUUUGGAUGGGAAACAGAAGCCACCGGAACCCAGUCGAUCAUCUUCUGAAAUUAGCUCUGGAAGACGCGAACGGGGGAUUCCGAAUUAUUCGUACCAGCCCGGUAGCUUGACCUUUUUUCGCAACACUAAAGUGUGUGCGACGCAGCUGGAGCAACCAACAGCCUUUAAACCGUUCGAAGGGAUUGGUCAUCAGCUGAAGACAAAGACGAAACCGAAGGCAUGAUGUAUGGAGGCCGCUGCAUGUCCACCACUUCAACUCCCCCACUGAAUCUUUCCUUACUUUAAUUGCUUUAUCCGGACCACCUAUGUUUAUUCAUCUAUUUCCGCUUCUCCACAAGCUGUAACUCAGUUUGCGCGUUGUGAAAAAUUCGCUCUCUGGUCUGCCACAUUGGCUCAGGUAUUUUCUUCAGCUUAGAUGGAUCUUAUCCAACUACUGACCAGACAAAUUACCUACGACUUUUGUCGAUGCUUGCUAUCGUUACAUAGGCUAAUCACACUUUUUGUUCUCAACAGCGUCGAGGAACAGAUUUACUUCUGUUCGCAUCCUUGUUUGUACGUUGUGACGCAACCGGCGAUUCGUGC